AUGGCUCGUUUUACAACGGAGGAGGCAACCCUUCGGAAGAAGGUACGAAGCGAAGACCACUUGGAGAUAUACGGGAAGUUGAAAGAGGGGAUAGGGAGGAAGAGUUACUUGGACGGCCCCAUGGACUACGCAAAAAAACUGAAGUUGCAAUUUCGAGUAGGCGAUCUGGACUUGCCAGAACGGAGGAAGAGGUACAGCAGCCGUAGGAGAGAGGAAGAGGAGGAUAGACAGACAUGUCCAUGUGGCAAAUCGGAGGAGAGUAGACCCCACAUAGUUGGGGAGUGUGAGCUGUACAGGAAGGAAAGAGAGGAUCUCGAGGAGGACAUGAGACAGAGAGGGUGUGACAUGGACAAGUUUGGUAAAUUAGACAACAGCGAAAAAACGAUCGCGGGAAUUGGGGAUAGAUGGUGGGCACAAGAGGCCGUAGAGGACGGGGAUAACAUGUGCAAGGAAUUUUUAUGUAGUUUGUGGCAGAAACGUGAAGAGCUCCCAAAUGUUGGUGGUGUCUCUAGUAGGGGUAGGAACGGUGCUCCGUCUCGAAAGGGACGCGUGGUCAAUGGUCAAAUGACUACGGCAAGCAACAAAUGA